AUGGUUUCCUCCACAAGGCAGUCUACUCGUCUCGCCGAGAAGGGUGAGAACGAGCCAACGGUCGAACAGGAACAGACUUCACCCAAGGGCACAAAGCGCAAGGCUGACGCCGCGUCGCCCAAAAAGGGCCGUGGCAGCAAGAAGGCUGAGCCGGAGAAAAAGCAAAAGACGCUGGAAGAAACAAUCGAGGAUGCCGGCGCUCCCGAUGACGUCGACAUGAUUCAGGCUGGAAAGGCAGUCGAGACCACAAACAAGAACGCUGAGAGCAAGGGUGAGGAGGCGGCUCAGGAUAGCAAGCAGGAAAGUACAGAGCAAGAAUCUGCUCAAAAAGAGGAUCAGAAGGUCGAAGAAAUAGAGUCAAGCACCACAGACACGGGUGGUGCCGUCAAACACGACUCGGAGCGCGAGCAAAAGGUCCCGACCAACAUUGUUGAAAAGGGCGUCAUCUACUUCUUCACCCGCAAGCGUGUUGGCGUCGAAGACGCAGAGGGCCCUGAGGACUUGCAGCGGACAUUCUUCGUCCUUCGGCCUAUUCCCAAGGAUGCCAAGCUUGGAGCAGGACCGAUGGAAGACAGUGAGAAUAACAGACUGUUCGCUCUUCCGAAGAAGGUGCUUCCGAAGAGCCACAGUGAUAGGUUCAUGGCAUUCGUCGAGAAGGGCCAGACGACUAUCAAGAGUCUUAAGGAUACUUUCUUCGCCGGCUCCACUCACGAGACAAAGACGCAGGGGACUCGUGAGGUUCCGCAAGCCACUCCGAUCGGUGAGGGUGUCUACGCGAUUACGGAGGCCGGAAGAAGCUCCCACCUCGUCUACAUGCUCACAAUUCCGACCGAGAUGGGUGAAGUUCAGACGGAGAUGGGUCUUCGCAACCAGGGCAGCUUUGUCAUGAGUGUCAAGAACCCGGCGAGGAAAGGUCCGGCCAGCGCUCGGCUUCCGCAGGGCCCUGACUUGCCAAAGGAAAUGAUUGAUGAGUUCCGUGGCCUUGCGUGGGUUUCUGUGAAGCCGCAGUAUCUGAACUACGAUAAUGUCCAGAUCCUGCUCAUUGGGGAGGGUGUGGAUGACAAUCUCGGACAGGCGGUCGAGCCCAGGUCUAAGGACCAGAAGGAUGGUAGGGAAGAACCGCAGGAGGAGCUCGAGAAGCUGGAACACGAGGACGAGCUUCGGGUGGAGCAUCUUCACGGCAACGACACGGUCUUCGAUGACUUGAAGCUCAGCAAGAGCGAGUACCCCCAGGUUCCGACCACUUGGUAA